AUGGCCUCGCAUGACCCAAACCAGGGCUCUAUCCACCCCGCCAGCGACCUUGGAAACCGUAGUGUGAGUCCACAGCCACACGCACAACAAUAUCAUAACCCAAAUGCCGGAUUGAGCAUCGACCCCUCCAUGGGCGCUUAUCCAACGGCCCCCUCCUUCCACAGUCAGGACGGGGGUAUUGGCGCCGAAUCAUAUGGAUAUCCGAACUACUCCUCUGCUUUGUCUCCGACACAGACUCUAUCCCCACCGGCAGAUCAAAACUACCCUCCCGCGAUCAAUACCAACAAUCUUCCGAUAUCGCAGUCCUUCGAGACAAGCCUCGCCAACCAGCUCGAGCACUCUGCCAACGAACUGCGACCAAUGCAAGAAGAGAAUUUCUCCAAUAUGCUCAACUCCAAUCAGCCGGAAUUGGACUUCUCUCUCUACCAGAACCACAGUCCUAGCGCGUCCACCUCCGAAUACGAUACAUCGCAGUUGUUGGACCCGCAAAUGCACCAGCGUCAGUCAAUGAACCAAGCGGUCAACCCGGCCGACUUGGUCAGUCCGAUCUCGAAUUCUGGCUCCUCGCAUCCGUCACAAGAUCCGCAGCACUCGUCGCCUGGACCUAUGUCUCCUCCGGGUUCCACGCCGGGCACAUACUAUACCCCUCAGCAUUCGCGGCAUACCUCGCUAGAUCCAUCGACGGCCUAUUAUAACCCUCACCCGAACCCGGACUGGCAGUCUGUUAUGAACAAUGUUUCUUUCCAGGGGCAUCGACGUGCCCCAUCCGAGGUAUCUGAGGUUUCUUCAGCCAACCACUCUCCUUACUUGUCUCAGCAUGAAUUCGAUGGCAUCGAGAACAACGCGUCACCUUCUUUGGCCCCCCAGAGCGACCCGACUCUGUAUGAAAAUGGCCUCGGCAUGGAAUCGUUCACCUUGUCAGAGCAACAACAACAGGGCAUUAGCCCACUUCAAACUCCCUAUAUUUCCCCGCGUUUGAUGCCACAACAGGGGGGUGAAAUGAUUCCCAAUGCUUCGUAUCUUUCUCCGUUCCCCGCGGCACCAACAGAUAUGUACGGGAUGUCUCAGGAUGAUAUGAUGAAUAUGGGCCAGCUGAACAAUGCACCGGGCGACAUCGGGCAGGCUUCUCAAAUGGCUCCUCCGUCAAUCAACGUCGAGUUCGCCCCGCCACUGCGAAAUCAAAACUUUGAUUCAUCGAAACCAACGGCAGAUUACGAUUCAUUGAGCCCUCCCGCCAUGAGAUCUCGAGUACGGAGUAAAUCCGACCCCUAUCACCCCGCUUCCCGACCACGCUCUCCAGCGGCAUCAGCAACAAGUCUGGAACCUCAUGCGCCUACCACCCCGCGUUCCCUGUCACCAGUUGGAUCAAUUGGCUCGCACUCGCGCAGUAACCCCGGCUCCCGCGACGCGUCACCUUCCCGGUCCAAUCGCCGGCUUUCAACCUCAUCGAUCGAAAACCGAAACUACAUCCUCGAUUUGGCCGACCCUCAGCGCCCGGGCGCAGCACCUGGUGAACCGAAACGUAUCCAGAAACACCCCGCCACCUUCCAAUGCAAUUUAUGUCCCAAACGCUUCACCCGUGCUUACAACUUGCGGUCCCACCUACGCACACACACGGACGAAAGACCCUUCGUCUGCACAGUCUGCGGUAAAGCAUUUGCGCGACAACACGACCGAAAACGACAUGAAGGCUUGCAUUCCGGCGAAAAGAAGUUCGUUUGCCGAGGUGAGCUCUCUCGCAGCGGCCAAUGGGGCUGCGGUCGUCGAUUCGCCCGCGCAGAUGCUCUUGGUCGCCAUUUCCGAUCUGAAGCUGGCCGAGUCUGCAUUAAGCCAUUGCUCGACGAGGAGUCUGCUGAACGUGAACGCGUCCUCGAGCAUCAACCGCAGCAGGCUGGUCAUCUCCAACCGAUUCCCCAGCCGCUAGUUAUGCCCAAUAUGCCUGGUAUGGAUGGGCAGUCCUCUGGUAACUUUGUUUUACCUGCUGCGCUUUUGGCGCAGUAUCCUGCGCUCCAGACUUUGCAGUGGGAUCAGAUUCCCGCCGCUGAUGAGGAGAUUGGCGGGAGGAGCAGUUUUGAUGCUAGUUCAGGCGGGGAGUUUGGGUUUGAUGAAGAUGAUUCGGGUCUCGCGUAUAACCAGGGAAAUCUCUAUGCGAAUAAUUCGCAGAUGAUGAUCAACCCUGGAGACCCGGGAUAUUCGAAUCAAAAAUGGACUGGAUGA